CCCACCUCCCCUCCCCCACCCCCGCUCUGAGGUGGAGGGCAUGGCAAUGAUGACCAUGUUGGCAGACGAAGACUUGUUUGACUACCUUCCGGAUGAGCUUGUACUACACGUGUUCAAGUUCUUGCCGACGGUUGAUGUGUGCAAGGCGGCGAGCGUAUGCCGGCGGUGGCACCGGCUGACGGGCGACACCGUGCUGUGGAAGUAUCUGUAUUUACGAUUCCAGGAGCAGCGGUUCGAGCGGUUACAAGCUCAGGGUGGCUCACUGUAUGCACACUGUCCAACAAGGCUCUCGCUGGAUUUGUGGCGGUGGCGUGAUGCAUAUCGGGCCCAGUUCAACUGGUCAAAGGGCGAGUUUACCGUCCGUGAGGUCAAGACGCCCGAGGUCGUCGCCGAUCUCUCGGUCAAUGGCACCAUUGUGUCGACGACCUCGCGGUGGGACGAUGCUCUGCACAUCUGGGACAUUGCCAAUGCUCCACCACAGGGCCACGACCGCGAUGCCAACGCCGGUCCAUCAAUGUUUGAGCGCCGGGUGGCGCGCGCCAAGGAGCUGGCGGCGGCCGUGGUUUCUGCUCCCCUCCCUCUACCUGAUGGACCGUCCGAGCCCGAGGACAGCGAUCUCGGCGAGUUGCUCUCUUCGGCGUACGAAACUAGUGCCAUGGAUGCGUGCCAUGUCCAGAGCGUGCUCUCGCUCUCAGGCGCGCGGUCACGGUUCAAGUGGUUCAUGUUCUUUCCGUACAAGCACGGCUCGCUAGUGGCCGGCAUUGCGCGGACGUACCUCCGGGUGUGGGACAUGGAGAGCGGCGAGCUUGUGCAUGCCUUUGAGGACGCGAACGGGUGGACGGCUGAGGGUGUGUACUUUGGCUCGUCCAAGCUUGUCAAGUCAUCGCCGUUCCAGUCGUCAGUCAAGAUCUACUCAUUGGCGUCCGGCGAGCACACGUCGACACUCCGGCUUGUCCACCAUGAUCUCGCGCUCAACGACGUGUAUCUUGUUGGUGCAUCCGAGACCGUCUCGGUCUUGGACCUUGAGACCGGCGACUUGCUGCGCUCUGCGCGCCGGCCGCGGCUCAACGCGUCGAUUGUCGAGUUUGACGACGAGCGCAUCAUCACCGGUGACUCUAGUGGCGGCCUGGUCGCCUUCGACAUGCACACGCUGGCCAUGACGGUCAUUCACACGGCGCCAGACUUUGGCAUCAUCACCGAUUUGGUCUUUGACGACGUCCGCUUGGUCGUGGCCUCGGCCUCAGGCUCUGUUUCCGUCUGGCAGCUCGGGCCCGACUACCCGCUGCUCUUCACCAUUUCCAUCCACGCUGGCGCUGUCCGCCGGGUCUACUUUGACGACAUGAAGAUUGUGACCACUGGCGACGAGUCAGCCAUCCGCAUCAUUGACUUUUCGCCCAACUCGAAAGAUGACGACGCCAAGGCGAGCGAUGACGCCGCUGUGGCGGUCAUGACUGGCUCUUGAGGGCCCGGUCGAGCCACUCGUCGAGGUGCGCAAGAAGCGACCACUCGUCAGUGCGGAUGUGGACAACCGAGCCUGUGUCGGCAUGACCCGGUGUGUCACCGCCACUCGUUGCAUCCACAUCAGCGCUGCCGCCAGCGGCGUCAAAGAAGACAACGUGGUGCCGCGGCGGAACAAACACGAGCGAGCGGGAUGCAUCAACGACCAGCCCAGCGCCAACAGCUCCUGCCAGAUACCGUGCGAGUAGCCCAUGCUGCGGUGAGACUCGGAUCGAGUCGUGGACGCCGGCAAGGCUCUGCCACAGCUCGUCCCAGAGCGGGGCGAGAAGCGCCAGAGGAAGGCACGGCGGCGCGAGGAACAGGUCCUCCACCUCGACCUUGACCAUGCCGAGGUCGGCCGCAGCCGCAAAGCCCGACUGAUCAGUGUAAAUCAUGUCGACCUCGACAA